AAAGAAAAAGUCUUUUUUAUUUGCUUGUUGCUUGCUUGUUGUGCAGUCAUGCUGCUUUCUUCUUUCCUGUGCUCCAUAAAAUUCUUUUUUUCCCUCCCAUGCUUUCGAUUCUUCCACCUCUUUACCAAACAGCAAAACCCUAGAUUUUCUCUUUUCAAUUAAAUUAAUUUUCCGAGUUCUUCACCCAAAAGAUACUCAAGAUUCUGCCCCUUUUCUUCUUGCUUCCCGUCACAUCUCCACCUCAGGGUUCUCUGACCUUUUGAUUUCUACAACUGCUUCUGCUAUUUUCCCUUUGCAUAAAUCCCCAUUUCGUUACGUGGGUCAUCGAGAAAUUGCCACUUUUUUGCAUUGUGAUCACGAAUGGUUUGCAGUUUCAGCAACAAUGUCAGAUGACAUGCUGAUGCAUUUCUCGUCCAACUCUUCCAACCAAUCGGAUCAGUCACUUCCUACAAAGAUUGCAAAGCUGGAAGCUCGCAUGGUGGGUAAGGCUUCUUCCACUGCUGCUCAGCAGUCAGGUUGGCCCUCUCUUCCUUCAGCUGCCAAAUUUGGAGGAGCUGCUGCUGAAGAUUUGGCUGAACCAUCCACUUCCAGUGAUUCUGAUGAUGAUAAUGGUGGGGAAUUCUUAAUACAAGCCAACACACAGAAGCGCUUAAAACUUCAAGAACAUGAUAACUCUAAUGUUUUUGAACAUGUUGAGGUUGCUACUGAUGGAAGACAAACUAGUUUGGAGGCUGUGGAGACAAAAACUAAUUUUGAUGUGAAUAGAAAGAAACACGGUCGUGGAAGAGCGAGUUCUGGUUCAGGUAGGGGCCGCGGUUCCAGAGUUAAUGAUCAGACCAGAAUACAAAUUUCUCCUCCAACUGUUUUGGCUUCAAAUGGUCAGAUUGAGAAUGCAUACCAUAAAGAUGGCAGACUCAAAGAUCAGUUUCAUAAUGAUAACUGUGCUACAUUAGAGGAGGAGGUUGCAUCUCUACAUGCUAAAGUUGUUGCAUUGGAGGAGGAAUUGCGUAAAUCAAAGCAAGAGACCUCUGAUUAUCAGAACCUUUGUCGACAGUUAGAAAAGGAACUGAAGGACCUGACAGAUCAUGAACAGCAAAUGAAACCUAAGAGAACAAAAAUAAUAUCGGAUUUGUUGAUAUCAGUUUCAAAGGCUGAGAGACAAGAAGCAAGGCUUAAAGUACGACAAGACUCAUUGAGACUUGGAAAUGUUGGUGUAAUCAGAGCUGGAACCAUCUUAUCUGAGACCUGGGAAGAUGGUCAAGCAUUAAAGGAUCUGAAUACCCAGCUUAGGCAACUAGUAGAAACAAAGGAGGCAAUUGAACGGCAGCGCAAAUUGUUUAAGAAAAAACAAUCUGACAAGGGUGAUGGAACAGAAACAGAGGCUGGAUUACCGGAAGAUGUUCUCAUUCAUGAUGAAAUCUAUAAGUCUCGACUAGCUAGCAUUAAACGAGAAGAAGAAAUUAUUUUGCGGGAGAGGGAUCGCUAUGAACUUGAGAAGGGGAGGUUGAUACGUGAAAUGAAACGCAUACGGGAUGAAGAUGGCUCACGGUUUAACAACUUUCAGAUUCUAAAUCAUCGCUAUGCCCUUCUAAACCUUCUUGGGAAGGGAGGGUUCAGUGAGGUGUACAAGGCUUUUGACUUGGUGGAGCAUAGAUAUGUUGCCUGCAAGCUUCAUGGUUUAAAUGCUCAAUGGAGUGAAGAGAAGAAGCAAAGUUACAUACGGCAUGCCAUUCGGGAGUAUAAUAUUCACAAGACCCUGGUGCAUCGUCACAUUGUUCGUUUAUGGGACAUCUUUGAGAUUGAUCAAAAUACAUUCUGCACUGUUCUAGAGUACUGUAGUGGGAAGGAUCUUGAUGCUGUCCUUAAAGCAACACCUAUAUUGCCUGAGAGGGAGGCCAGGGUCAUUCUAGUUCAGAUUUUUCAAGGCCUUAUUUAUAUGAAUAAAAGAACACAGAAGAUUAUACAUUAUGAUUUAAAGCCUGGAAAUGUUCUGUUUGACGAGCUUGGUAUUGCCAAAGUGACUGAUUUUGGUCUUAGCAAAAUAGUGGAGAAUGAUGUGGGAUCCCAGGGUAUGGAACUUACAUCCCAGGGAGCUGGAACAUAUUGGUAUUUGCCUCCUGAAUGCUUUGAGCUCAGCAAGACACCUCUGAUAUCAUCAAAGGUUGAUGUCUGGUCUGCUGGUAUUUUGUUCUAUCAAAUGCUCUUUGGCAGACGUCCUUUCGGGCAUGACCAAACACAGGAGAGAAUACUUCGUGAAGACACAAUUAUUAAGGCACGCAAGGUUGAAUUUCCUUCUAGACCUACUGUUUCUAAUGAGGCAAAGGUGAGGAUUUUAUCCGGCGGUGUCUAACAUAUAACCAGGCUGAGAGACCAGAUGUAUUAACCAUUGCUCAAGAUCCAUAUCUCACUUACUCAAAGAAGUAAUGACGUACAUUGACAUGGCUUUGUUACUCAGACUCCAUAGAAAGAAUUGAGGAUCUCAUCUUCUAACACAAGUUACUGAUUAUCUGUCAGAUUUUGUAUAGGUUGUAAAGAUUUUGUUAUCUUGUCAAUGAGGUAGAGAGGUUCUCUUCGUGCAUUUAUCUUUUGGUUCAAAAUAUGGGCGGAGCACAAGGCAAGUGUGUUUGACUUGACCUUAGAAGGGUAUGUAUAGAUCCUCACAAGUGAGAAAGCUUUCCUAAUUUUUUAUUACAC